AUGUCUGCUUCUACCUCGAAAGGAUCUAAAGGAUCCAAAGGGUUAGUGUUAGAAAAUACUGCUCGUAGAGAUGCAUUGAUCGCUAUUGAAAAGAAAUAUCAAAAAAUAUGGUCCGAUGAACAUUUAUUUGAGAUCGAUGCUCCAUCUAUUGAUGAAGAGAGUAUUAGUAUGGACUCUGAGGAAUUGCAGAAAAAAUACCCCAAGUUCAUGUCUUCCAUGGCUUAUCCUUACAUGAAUGGUGUUUUACACGCUGGGCAUUGUUUUACAUUGUCGAAAGUUGAGUUCUCGAUUGGUUUCGAGAGGAUGAAUGGAAAGCGCGCGUUGUUUCCUCUUGGAUUCCACUGUACCGGUAUGCCUAUUCUUGCGUGUGCUGACAAGUUGAAGCGUGAGGCUGAGAUGUUUGGCGAAGAUUUUGCUAACGCUGCUGUGGAGGAAGAGGACGAAGAAGAAGUUCCUGAGGUUAAGGAAGAGAAGCCUGAUUCUGAAGAUGUGACUAAGUUCAAAGCGAAGAAAUCAAAGGCUGCAGCUAAGAAAGGCAGCGGGAAGUACCAGUUUGAAAUUAUGUUACAGUUGGGUAUUCCUCGUGAAGAGGUGAUUAAAUUCGCCGAUGCCCAGUACUGGCUAACAUAUUUCCCACCUCUAUGUGAACAGGAUUGUACUGACUUUGGUUCUCGUAUUGACUGGAGACGUUCUUUCAUCACUACCGACAUGAACCCAUACUACGAUGCCUUUAUUAGAUGGCAGAUGAACAAACUCAAGGCUACUAAAAAGGUCAAGUUUGGUGAAAGAUACACUAUUUAUUCAGAAAAGGAUGGUCAAGCCUGUAUGGAUCAUGACAGACAGUCUGGUGAGGGUGUUACACCACAAGAAUAUGUAGGGAUCAAGAUUGAGGUAAUCGAGUUCGCUCCAGAGGCUAAAGAAAUUAUAGACGCUGUUGAUGCUUUAGAUAGGUCCAAGAAGAUCUACUUUGUUGCGGCCACCCUAAGACCAGAAACCAUGUAUGGCCAGACGUGUUGUUUUGUUUCUCCAAAAAUAGAGUACGGUAUCUUUGAUGCAGGUGACUCUUACUACAUAACUACCGAGCGUGCGUUCAAGAACAUGUCUUACCAAAAGUUGACUCCAGUCAGAGGUCGUUACGAGGCUAUCACCACUGUCCUUGGUAGUAAAUUCGUUGGAAGUAGAAUCCAUGCACCUCUCUCUGCCUACCCAGAACUCAGAAUCUUACCUAUGGAAACUGUGAUUUCCACCAAGGGUACCGGUGUUGUCACAUGUGUGCCAUCUAAUUCCCCAGAUGACUACAUAACCACCCUUGAUUUGCGGAACAAGGCAGCGUACUAUGGGAUUGACCCAUCCUGGGUUAGUUACGAUGCAGUACCUAUCAUCACCACCGAAAAGUAUGGUGAUAUGAUCGCAAAAGCCGUUUGUGAGGAGUACAAGAUUCGUUCUCCAAAGGAAACUGUUCUCCUUGCGGAGGCAAAGAAGCACGCCUACAAAGAGGAUUUCUAUACAGGUACCAUGAUCUGUGGCCCAUACAAGGGCGAAAAGGUUGAAGCUGCCAAGACAAAGGUCAAAAACGACCUCAUACGCGAGGGCCUCGCAUUUGUCUAUAACGAACCCGAAUCUCUAGUCGUUUCGCGUUCCGGUGAUGAAUGUAUUGUUUCACUCGAAGACCAAUGGUAUGUCGACUAUGGUGAGCCAACUUGGCGUGCCCUGGCAGAGGAAUGCCUGCAGCAGAUGUGCCUCUUCUCCCCUGAAGUCAAGAACGCCUUUGAAGGUGUUCUUGGCUGGUUGAAGAACUGGGCUGUUAGUCGUACUUAUGGUCUCGGUACUAAGUUGCCAUGGGACGAGAAAUACCUAGUGGAAUCCCUUUCCGAUUCAACUAUAUACCAGGCCUUCUAUACCAUAGCCCAUCUGCUUUUCUCUGACUAUUAUGGCCAUAAACUUGGCCCACUCGGCAUUCGCGCAGAUCAGCUAACCGAUGAGGUCUUCGACUACAUCUUCCAACAUGCAACUGACGUUCCUAAGACAGAGAUUCCAGUCAGAGCGUUAAACAUACUCAGAAGAGAGUUCGAGUACUUCUACCCACUUGAUGUCUCCAUUUCUGGUAAGGACCUUAUCCCCAACCAUUUGACCUUUUUCAUCUACACUCACGUCGCCCUGUUCCCUCGUAAGUUCUGGCCUCGCGGUAUCCGUGCUAAUGGUCAUUUAAUGCUCAACAACGCUAAGAUGUCCAAAUCCACUGGUAACUUCAUGACCCUGAAACAAAUCGUAGAGAAAUUUGGUGCCGAUGCAUCACGUAUUGCACUUGCCGACGCCGGAGAUACUGUCGAGGAUGCCAACUUCGACGAGGCUAAUGCUAAUGCCGCAAUUCUAAGACUGUUCAAUCUCAAAGAAUGGGCUCAUGAGAUCGUCGGAGACCUAGAAAAUCUUCGGACUGGUCCAAUCUCCGAAUUUUUCGACGUCGCGUUUGAGAACGAAAUGAACGCGUUGAUCGAAGAAACUUACAGGCAGUACGAAUUAACUAAUUAUAAGGGGGCUCUAAAAUCCGGUUUAUUUGAUUAUCAGGCAUCGCGUGAUUACUAUAGAGAAGCCUGCGGAGUUAUGCACAGGGACCUUGUUCUUCGCUAUAUUGAAACACAGGCUCUUAUGUUAGCACCAAUUGCGCCUCACUUUGCGGAAUAUAUUUACCGCCAAGUUCUUGGAAACCAAAUGUCCGUGCAUGUGACGUCUUUCCCAAGAGCUUCGAAACCGGUCGAUGCUGGUGCCUUGUCAGCUCUCGAAUACCUACGUGAUAUUCAACGUGCAAUCCGUGAAUCUGAGGGACAGGCACUAAAGAAGAAAAAGGGGAAAGGCUCUGACGUUGACCCUACGAGGCCUGCUAAGCUUUGUAUGUAUAUUGCUGAGUCCUUCCCUGAAUGGCAAACACGCUACAUCGAUUUGGUGCGUGACCUGUUUGAGCAGCAGUCUCUACAAGAUAAUAAUGUUGUGAAGAGUAGGGUUGACCCUCGUGAUAUGAAACGUGCAAUGCCGUUUAUAUCCUUACUGAAACAACGGCUGGUAACUGAAUCGCCCGCAACCGUCUUCAACCGUGAAUUGCUUUUCGAUGAAGUUGCUACAGUAAAGGCUACAAUUGACGUUAUUCAGAGGGCGUGCCAAACUAUAAAGGUCGUUGAAUUCCAAUACAUUGCUUUCCCACACGGAUUCCGGGUCGGGCGUGACAUCUUGACAGGGGAAGAAUGUGAAGUCCCAUCAUGUAAGGCAACAGAAAACGCAAUUCCUGGUCAGCCAGGGAUCACUAUUUACAAUCUGUAA